AUGGCUUUCGACAAGGCGUCUUUUGCAGACUCGCAGUCUCGACAGCUCUCCAUUGUCCAUGGACCAACCUCUCCACCUCUCUUCUUGAAGCCACUUGGAUCUCUUAUCGAGGAUCAGGCGAAAAAAUAUGCGAACCGCCCCGCGCUCGUGGUUCCGUGGCAAUCCACCCGGUUGACCUAUCGUGAGCUCGCGGAUCGGAGCAAAGUUACGGCUAAAGCGAUGCUUGAAGUCGGCCUGCAUCAUGGAGACUGUGUUGGCAUCAUCGCAGGGAACUGCUAUCAGUACAUUGAGAUUUUCCUGGGGGCCUCUCGCAUCGGUUGCCCCUUUGUCGUUUUGAACAACGCGUACUCCCCCGAGGAACUGAAAAAUGCCGUGGCUUCCAGCGAUUGCAGGCUUCUUUUCAUUGCUUCUCAAAUUGGACCAAAGGUGUUGUCGCCGCAUUUGCAAGCAGUACUUGACGUCCCGCCGCAAAACUCCCGGCUCAAGCAGAUUGUCUGUCUACAAAAGUUCGACAACCCUAGCCAAGGGGUCAUAUGCGAGUCUUACAAUGCUUUUUUCAACCGGGGCCAGUCGAUCUUCAUGAACGAUUCAGUCUUGAAGAGAGCCGCACGAAAAGUUCGUGCAUCGGAUGUGCUCAAUCUGCAGUUUACAUCUGGCACCACUGGAUUUCCCAAGGCCUCAGCACUCACACACAUAAACCUGAUAAACGAUGCCAUGUUUGUAGGGGACGCAAUGCGUUUGACGGAAGUGGACAUCGUCUGCUCACCCCCGCCGUUGUUCCACUGCUUCGGGCUCGUUUUGGGAUUCCUCUCGUCUUUCUGCCACGGCAGCUCCAUCGUGCUCCCCUCGGACAAUUUUGACGCUCGGAAAGCACUGCUUGCGGUAGUGCAGGAGAGAGCGACCGCCCUAUUGGGGGUCCCGACAAUGUUUCUUUCCGAGUUGGAGGAGCUCGAUAGGUUGACACUCACCAUAACCACGCUUCGAACCGGUAUUAUCUCGGGCUCUUCCGUGCCAUCGACCUUGAUGCAGACUCUGCGUGAGAGAAUGAAGAUUGAAGAUCUGCUGAUUGCCUAUGGAAUGACGGAAACCAGUCCGGUGACGUUCAUUACCGCUGUCGAAGACUCCCAUAGGAAGAGGGUCACUUCCAUAGGCAGGGUACUUCCUCAUUCGGCGGCAAAAAUUGUAGAUUCUUCGGGCAACAUUUUGCCACGGGGUUCUCGCGGCGAGCUGUGCACUAGCGGCUUUGCGCUUCAAAAGGGCUACUGGAAAGACACGGAGAAGACAAAGGAAGCAAUGCGGCAGGACGAAAACGGAGUGACCUGGAUGCACACGGGCGACGAAGGGUUCAUCGACGAAGAAGGCUACGGGAACAUCACCGGACGCAUCAAAGACCUGAUCAUUCGAGGCAACCACCCGGCCAUCGUCGAGUGCUGCGUCGUCGGCCUCGAGCACAAGAAGUAUGGCGAAGUGGUCGCGAGCUUCCUACGGGCAGCGGAGAAUACAGCGCCGCUCAGCGACGUCGAGGUGCGGUCGUGGGUGACAGACAAGCUGGGGAGGAUCAAGGCACCAAGCCACGUUUUCUGGAUCGGGAAUGCUGACGUGGGAAGCGCCUUGCCGAAGACCGCCAGCGGGAAAUACCAGAAGCAUCUUGUACGGACCAAAGGGAACGCGUUGCUGAAGCGGUCCGGAAUCCAAGCGAAGUUGUAA